CAAGAAUCUUGAUAAAGAGAUUUAAACCCAAUCAAAUGGAGUACUGAGUGGAGGAAAAUAACGACGCUUAUCUACAAUCCAGUUGGGAAUCCAUCCAGUCGUCAUUUGAAUGGAUAUAUGGAAAAAAUAUAAGGGGAAGUUCAUCUUCCUUCUUCUCGUUGGCUUCGUCUUCAUUGUCGUAUUUUUCAUCAAAUCCCCACUGGCAUACAAGACCAUCCCAAAUCUGCAGACUCCAACUCAGGAUCAGCCUCAGCCUCAGCAUCAGCCUCCGUCUGUGUGCCCUUUGCGGACCCCUGGACAGACCAUCAUUCAUCUCAACAACACCAAACAUCUGCUGGUGUCAGCCUAUAUGGACCAGAGGGUGAAACAUGGGGAUGUACGCAUUAUUGGCAUAUUCAGGAGAGACUCCAUUCAACCUCUUCUCUGUGUUUUCUGCUGUAAUAACCAGUUACACAACUCCAUGAGUCCAGCUGGGAUUCUACAGCACUCAGACAAUUUUGGAUUUCCUUUUGGGACUACGGACGUGAUGUGUGCGAUGCCCCAAGACUGCAAGGACCCCAGUGUUACGCUGUUGCCUGACUCUCAAAACAUGACACCAUUCAGCCAGACUUUCCUCCCCGUCCAAAACCAGGAGUCCGGAGGGAAGGGGGUGAACACGUUCCAAUUCAGUUUCACAGUGUGUAUCUCCAGUCUGUUUGGCAACUACAACAAUGUGCUGCAGUUAACACAGACCCUGGAGAUGUACAGGCUGCUGGGUGUGAACAGGGUGGUGAUCUACAACACCAGCUGUGGUCCAGAGGUGGACCGUGUGCUCCAGAGUUACAGUCAGGAGGGUUUCGUGGAGGUAGUUCCUUGGCCAAUUGACCGCCAUCUCACCCCGUCUCAAGGAUGGCUCUUCUCAGAGCACGGAGGGGACCUGCACUACUACGGUCAGCUGACCACGCUCAACGACUGUAUUUACAGAAACAUGGACAGGUCACACUACGUCCUGUUGAAUGACUUAGAUGAGAUCAUAAUGCCGUACCAGGACAGAAACCUCAUGUCUCUAAUGAACAAACUCCAAGAGCAGCAUCCAACGGCAGGGGUGUUCUUCAUAGAGAAUCACAUCUUUCCCAAGAAGCACUUUGAGCCAAGUGGAAAGUUUCACCGGCCUCAGUGGGAAGGAGUGCCAGGCAUUAAUAUUCUGGAGCACAUCUACAGGGAGGAGCCAGACAGAAGAGUGUUCCAUCCCUACAAGAUGAUAGUCCAGCCGAGCGCAGUGGAGCAGACUUCUGUUCACUCGGUGCUCAAGUCUUUCAGAGGCGAGGUCAAGGUUCCACCCAGUGUGUGUCGGAUCAUUCAUGUCCGCGUGGCCCUCCAGGGACAUUUGACAAAGGAGCAGCUCAACGUUGACACUCGACUGUGGGACUUCCACGAGGAACUGAUCCCCCGUGUGGACGAGGUCCUGACGAGACUGGGGCUGUUAAACUCAGAGGGGCAGAGCUGAUGGACGAAACGGACAAACACACAGAUGGAUGCAAUAAACCAAUAAAGCCUACACUUGUAAAUGUGCAGCCAGUGAAGGUGAAUGUUUAAAAAUGGCCCAUAAAAUUCCUGUGCUGGGUAAGUGGAUCAGACACUCCCUCCUUCCCUUAGCAACGACUGUCAAAGUAUCUGUGAGUGAUGGCCAAAAAAUCUCAGCUUCUCCAGUCUGCUUAGUGGACGAUAUUUGAAGAACGCACUGGGAGUGUGUGAACCCACACAUCCCAUCUGAAUGUAGUCACACAUGUUUGUAUGUUAAGAAUGUAUUGGGACCACCCAGGCGUGUUAAUGCACUGGACAAAUACUGGUAACUCUUUGCGAUAAGGUACACAAAAUCCUGGGCACUUAUCAAGGAAUGAGUGAGGAACAAAUCUAGGACAAAGUGCAACUUAAUGAAUAGUUAACACCUACUUUCUGUGUCACUAAAACAAGUACUAUAGAGAGAGUGAUGAUAAGCAGUGAUGGAAAGAGUACUCCAAAUUGCCACUCAAGUCGAAGUACUGUUAUUUUGCUGAUAUUUUACUUAAAUGUACUGAAGUAAAAGUAAAAAGUGUCUCAUUUAAAAUGUACUCAGAGUAAAAGUUACUGAGUUACUUUUUCAAAACAGUAACAGCGUUGAGAACCAGGAGUGAGCUUCUCCUUGCAGUCAGAAAAAUUGAUUCUUAAAGGUGCAUUACACAAAAUUGCAGAGGGUUGACUGAAGUGAGGAUCCUGUAGACUCAAGUGACAAAUAUGGAAUAAGCUCAACAUAUAAAAAAUGAGUCUCCGUGGUUCUCAUGACAUGAGAACCACGGAGACAAGCCUACUCGUUGAUAUUUUUUCCCCUUUUUUUUCGCUUCCAUUGACCAUCUGCAGUUUCUCAUCAUGCAGCUUUUAUUGUGAAAUUUGGAAAUGGCAAAAAGUUGAACCAACACAGUCGAAGCAGGUUCCUCCUCUCAUCUUUGCUGAUUGAGCUCUUAUUGUGAAAGGUCCCUUAAUCUGUAGUUGAUCAUUUGCUCUCUGUGAUGCAUGUAAUUUAAAAUGUAGCGAAGUACAAAACUCAAGCAAGAAUGUACUGAAGUAAAAGUAAAAUUACUGACUUAAAAAAAAAACUCAAAAAAGUACGCUAAAAAGCUAGGCAAUUACAGUAACGUGAGUAAAUAUGAUUAAGUUACCUCCACCUCUGAUGAUAAACAGUAAAACAGUCAUGAGGUAAUAAGGCAUCACUACUAACCAUUCAGUGUGAUGUUCUUUUUUUACUAGUAGGGACACAAAAAUAGUUGCCAACCUGUUCCUUGGUGUCCACUCAGGGUUUUGUUUACCUCAUUGCAAAAAGCUGCAAUAAUCCUUCCUGUAUUUGUCUGAUGACUCCACACCUCCACUCCGUCCCAAACAGCCAAAAUGUCACAAUCAUAAUCAGUCACAAUUGCAACUCUGACGCACAUUAGAGAUUCGCUCACAUUCUGAUCUUAGUCAACCUCGCCUCUUGUGAUCACCGGUUUGCCCAAAACUGCACAGCUGCACACAUCCGCCUUGCGUCUUAACGGGGAUGGGUGUGGGAGACUUUCUGAAACACUCCUACGGUGUACAAUGAUACAUUAGCACCCCCCUCUCUCUCUCUUUCACACUCACACACACACACACACAGGACUUUGAAAAGGUCAGCCUUGAAAAGUCUCUCAUGCCCUGAAUGCUGUUUGGCUGAAUUACAAAAUGGGAGGUAGUAGCAUCUCUGAACUCCGACUAACAUUCCCAUUCAAUGAUGCCAUCAUCAUUGUAAAACCAAAGAAAAAAAAAAAAAAAAAAGAGGUCUGUUAACCUUCUAUUCUGGGAAAAGGGAUUAAUUAAUAUUUUUA